AUGUGUGAGUUGACAUCUUUUGCUUUUGCAACUGCUGUGUGCAUUAGCGCUCUUUUGGCCUUUACAACUGUGAAGAAGUACAGAACGAGGGCUGGAUUAACGACAUGUAUUCUGUCCUUGCGACCAAUAAAUGAGAAAGCUGAGCAAAUGAAAGCUGAGCAAAUGAAAUCUGCAUUGGCAAAUGUAAACGAAUUACCGGAUGCAAUCAGGGGUUGUAAAUACCCAGCGAAGCAGCACAAUCUUAAAGUAAAAGAACAUUUGCUGAGUAAAGAAAAUACGUUAUCAGAACAAACUACGGCUCUCUUUAUCACUGGAGAAAAGCUGGAGAAUAACAAAUAUUGUGAUACUACCAGAGAGUUUAGGCAAAACAGGUAUUUUUACUAUUUGUCAGGUGUUGAUAUUCCAGGUUGCUCAUUAUUGUUCAAUUUCAAAACAAACGCUCUGACACUUUUUUUACCAAACAUUGAGUGGGACGAUGUGCUCUGGAGUGGUAUGCCAUUAAGUCUCGAGGAGGCCUUCGAAAAGUUUGAUGUAGAUGAAAUUGUCUACUGCAACGAGAUCGAAGAAAAAUUGAAACACGACUGUUUCGGUUUCAGAAUUUUCACCACCGACCUUGAUAACGUAUGUCCAAAACUCAAGGAUUACUUGAUAGCAGGGGAUGACAGUUUUUUCUAUGCAAUGGAUGAAGCUAGAAUCAUUAAAGAUAGCUACGAAAUUGCCAUAAUCCGAAAGGCGACUGAGAUUACCGAUGUCUGCCAUUUGGCGGUAAUGUCGGCGUUGCCAAUUGAAAUAAACGAGAUCCAUAUUGAAGCAGAGUUUGCGUACCAUGCAACACGUCAAGGUGCUCGCUCCCUGGGUUACGAUCCGAUCUGUUGUUCGGGUCCAGCGUGCGGCACUCUUCAUUAUAUCAAGAAUUCGGAAGAUCUCGAUAAAAAAGCUUCCGUGCUAAUUGAUGCAGGUGCUGAAUGGCGGAACUACACCAGUGACGUGACAAGGUGCUUCCCGAUCUCUGGAAAAUUUACAAAGGAACACCGUGAAAUAUACGAAGCUGUAUUGGAUGUUCAGUCAGAAGUAAUGAAGCGAAUCAAAGCUGGCGUUCAUUGGGAGGAUUUGCACAUACUUUCUCAUAAGGUCCUUAUCAAACAUUUGCUUGAACUGGGUAUCUUCAAAAGAGAGUAUUCUGAGGAGGAGAUUUUCGAAAGGAAGGCGUCUUGUGGAUUCUAUCCUCAUGGUCUCGGUCAUCUCAUGGGUCUUGAUGUUCAUGACGUUGGCGGUAGACCCAAUUACGAAGAUAAAAAUGUGUACUUUCAGUAUUUGAGAAUGCGCAGAGAACUGCAAGAAAAUAUGGUCAUUACCAAUGAACCAGGCUGUUACUUUAACAAAUAUUUGAUCGCAGAGUAUUUACACAAAUAUCCGGAGAGAGAGGAAGUUGUUGAUUUCAACGUGGUGGAAAAAUACAUGUAUGUAGGUGGUGUGCGUAUUGAAGAUGAUAUUCUGGUUACAAAAGAUGGCCAUGAAAACUUGACCAAAAUAACAAGCGAUCCGAAAGAAAUCGAGAAAAUUGUGACGGAUGCUAUUUCUAAAGGCCGUGCUGCCUUUCAUGUGCUAGCCUAA